AUGUCAGGCCUCUACCGACUCGCUGGCCACAGCGCCAAGAGGUUAUGUCUGCGCCCGGCCGCAGCUACCUCCUUCGCCGCCCGCCCGUUCUCGACAACAUGCCUGCGUCGAUACGCCGAUGCUUCCUCCGAAUACCAGGGCACGAGACUCACUCCUACUUCUGCCGAUUUCUCUCGCGCUGAGGACCACUACAGCCUGACCCCACCGAAGGACCAGGACGUCUUCUCCAAGGCCGAGGAGUCCGUCGAGGACCGAAAGAUCCGCCAUUACACUGUCAACUUUGGUCCCCAGCAUCCUGCCGCCCACGGCGUGUUGCGACUGAUCCUAGAGCUCAAUGGUGAAGAGAUCAUCCGAGCCGAUCCCCACGUCGGUCUCCUUCACCGCGGUACCGAGAAGCUCUGCGAGUACAAGACCUAUCUCCAGGCCCUGCCCUACUUCGACCGCCUCGACUACGUUUCCAUGAUGACCAACGAGCAAUGCUUCGCACUGGCUGUUGAGAAACUUCUCAACGUCGAAAUUCCCGAGCGCGCGAAGUGGAUUCGAACCCUCUUCGGCGAGAUUACCCGUAUCUUGAACCACCUCAUGUCCGUCCUGUCGCACGCCAUGGACGUUGGUGCCCUGACGCCUUUCCUCUGGGGCUUCGAGGAGCGUGAGAAGCUUAUGGAAUUCUACGAGCGUGUCUCCGGUGCUCGUCUCCACGCCGCUUACGUCCGUCCCGGUGGUGUCCACCAGGAUAUCCCCGUCGGUCUGCUCGAUGACAUCUACCAGUGGGCCACUCAGUUUGGCGACCGUAUUGACGAGACCGAGGAGAUGCUUACGGACAACCGCAUCUGGAUCCAGCGUCUCCAGGGCGUUGGUGUGGUGUCUGCUGCCGAGGCUCUGAACUUAUCGUUCACUGGUGUCAUGCUCCGUGGUUCUGGUGUCCCCUGGGAUAUCCGCAAGAGCCAGCCCUAUGACGCCUACGACCAGGUCGAGUUCGACGUCCCCGUCGGUGUCCGCGGUGACUGCUACGACCGAUACUUGUGCCGUAUGGAGGAGUUCAGACAGUCUCUGCGCAUCAUCCACCAGUGCCUGAACAAGAUGCCUGCUGGCCCUGUCCGCGUCGAGGACUAUAAGAUCUCGCCCCCUCCCCGUGCCGCCAUGAAGGAGAACAUGGAGGCUCUCAUCCACCACUUCCUCCUCUACACCAAGGGCUACACUGUCCCCCCUGGUGAGACAUACUCUGCCAUCGAGGCCCCCAAGGGUGAGAUGGGUGUCUUCGUUGUCAGUGACGGCAGCGAGAGGCCCUACCGCGUUCACAUCAGAGCGCCUGGUUUUGCUCAUUUGGCUGGCUUUGACCAUGUGUCGAAGGGCCACAUGCUUGCUGAUGCUGUGGCGGUUAUCGGUACGAUGGAUUUGGUUUUUGGUGAGGUUGAUCGGUAA